AUGCGCCUGCUCGGCUCCAGCAUCGAAGCCUUGGUCCAGUCCACCGGCGACAUACCACCCAGCCCCGCCCCCGAGAGACCCGAGGCCCCCCGGAUGCGCGGAAUGGAGGCGGAGAAGCAGGACAUUGUGCGCUCGCACUCGGCAAGGACGCUGGUGCGGUUGCGGCUCGAGGCGGAGGCCAGGGCGCAGCGGGCCGCGGAGGCGAGGGAAAACAGUCGAGCCGCGACGCAGCAGGCAGGGACAGGCAUAGACGGCGUCAUGCUGCGGGACGCGCCACCAGAGACCAAUAGCGGGGGCGGCGGCGCACACCCUCCCCCGUCGACGCCCGAGCCGUACACGGUGGUGGGCGACAACGCGCAGCCGGUGAACGUGCAGCACAGCGUCAUCACGCGCAAGUUCUACUCCAAGAAGCCGCCGCCCAUCGGCAUCGCCGACUACCUGGCGCGGCUGCACCGCUUCUGCCCGGCGUCGACGGGCGUGUACCUGGCGACGUCGCUGUACCUGCACCGGCUGGCGGUGGACGAGCGCGCCAUCGCCGUGACGCGGCGGAACGCGCACCGGCUGCUCCUGGCCGGCCUGCGGGUUGCCAACAAGGCGCUCGAGGACCGCUGCUACUCGCACAGGCGGUUUGCGCAGGUCGGGGGCGUCACGGCGUCGGAGCUGGCCCGGCUCGAGAUUAGUUUCUGCUUCCUCGCCAGCUUCGAGCUGGUCGUUGGCCAGGACGAGAUGAGGAGGCAUUGGAACGUCAUGCGGAAGCCACCGGACCCGCGCAUGAGCCCCAGCGGCAGCGGAUUUCUGCUGGGAGGUGGUUACGUUGAGGACGGGUCGCAGACGGCUGCCGCCGACGCGGACGACGGCGGCGGUGGCCUGGAGAUGAACCUUUCCAGGAGGCCCAAGGCGGCCUCGGGCGACAGGUUUGCGUCCGACGCUGCUGAGAUCGUCUAUGAACGGCUGGGAAUGUGA